AUGGAGGAAAUUGGAAGAACCAAGUGGAAAUAGACACACUGAGCUAGGGCUUAGCAUUGUUGAGUAUCAAGUUUGAGAAAAUGUCGUCGUCUUCGUCGAAAACCCUAAUUCGGACGGGCGUUUCUCUGAUAACCCGUUUGAUGAAUCAAAACUUGAGAUUCUCAGCUCAGAAUCCUGAAAUUGCAAAUCGGACCCUCACUUCUAGGCUUUUUCCAUCUCUCUCCUCUCAGUCUCCGAUUCCUCUUCAGUUUCCCCAAUCCGACGUCGAUUCGUUCAAAAAGGUUUCCUCUGAAGGCUUCUUAUAUCCCACUGGCCUUCCUUCUCUCCCCUUUUUUCUCCCCGACGUCGAUGAUUCUUCGUCAAGUGGGAUGCUUUUAUUUCCUAAGAGAACCUACCAACCCAGUAACAUCAAGCGCAAAAGGACACAUGGUUUCCUUGCUCGCAAAGCAACAAAGGGUGGCCGGAGAGUCAUUGCUCGACGUAUUGCAAAGGGCCGAUCAAGAAUAACAGCUUAGCAACUAUAUUUGUUGCAUGGUUCGCAAGGUGUACGGAUCAAGGCUAGAAGCCUAGUUUAGGGCGUGUCAUGGAAUAGUUCAAGUUGCGACUGUUGAAAAGAAUGAGCCUCAAAGUAACGUUAUAAUUGGAGUUUUAUAUUAAGGCUCCUACCUCCCAGCUUUGUCCACAACUCUUCUAAGUAUUUCUUUUGCAGAAAUUCAUUGAAGCUGGUUUCGAUUCCUUAACAAUAUGCUUGAUUUUUAAUAAGGUUUUUUUUCUUAACUGAA